AUCCAUUAGGCUAGGUUCAGUUAGUCGCGAUAAUCCAAUCCGCCAACAUGAAGUCCCUGGCCGUUGUCCUGCUUCUGGUUGCAGUUGCCACAGCUUCUGUGAUCCCACAGAAGGAAGAACGCGUCGUUGGCGGAUCGAUCGCUGAGCGUGGCCAGUUCCCGUACGCAGUUGGCCUUAUCACCCGCAUCAACAUUUUGAUGUCGGGCCAAUGUGCAGGAUCUUUGCUGUCCAAUCGCUUCAUUCUGACCUCGGCCAGCUGCGUCAAUGGAAUACAAAGUGCCGUUGCCAUUAUUGGUGGGCUGCGAAUCAACGAUGCUACCGAGUCGGACCAAAUCCGUAUGACCGUUACUCAGUUCAUCGUUCACAAUGGCUACAUUGAAGGCACUGAUGAUUUUGACGUCGCUUUUGCCGUCCUGCCGAUCCCAAUCAGCUUCACGGAGAAUAUCCGACCAGUUCGUUUGCCAAACCGUCGCCAGGUGGAGGCAACGUUCGUCGGACAGCAGGGAACCUUCAUGGGAUGGGGACGAUUCGGUGAAGGCACUAGCAAUUCCGAUGUUCUGCGCUUCGGAAGGUCGCAGGUCAUUACCAAUCUUUCGUGCCGGUUGAGUUUACCGACGAACACCAUCCUGGAUGAGCACAUCUGCACCGAAGGGUUCAACGCGGCAACUGGCCGAGGAUCGCCAUGCCAGGGAGACAACGGUGCACCGUUGACCAUUACGGACGCUGACGGAAUCACCACUCUGGUAGGAGUAUUUUCGUUCAACUCAAUUUUGGGUUGCGAUGGUGGUCGUGCAGCCGUUUUCACUCGUAUUUCGGCAUAUCUUGACUGGAUCGAAAACAACUCGGACAUUGUGAUCCAGGACAACUUCCAAUAAUCUCCUUAAGUUAUUGUAAUUAUUAAUGAAUGAAUACAAAUUAAGAUUGUGACGUAUUUGUUCUCAAAAAUA